AUGUUGCUUCUAACGCUCCUUUUUGUGUCCUCAGCUUUGGCUAUCCCUUUGCUGGAUACGGAGCAAUGUGCCCGUGGAGCCUCUUACUGGUGUCGGAAUGUGAGGACUGCGUCCCUGUGCGGUGCUGUGACUCAUUGCCAGCAGAACGUCUGGAGCAAACCCCAGAUGAAAACCGUGCCAUGCAAUUUAUGUAAGGAGGUGAUUAUGGUGAUCUCGCAUAUUUUGAAAGACAAUGCGACCGAGGCUGAAGUUCUCGGCUACAUGGAGAAAGGCUGCCAACUCAUUCCUGAUCAAGGUUUGAGUGCAGAAUGCAAGGAGAUUGUUGACAAUUAUUACCCAUUCGUCAUGGGAAUCAUCCUGGAAGCGCUCGACGAUCCUGGGGUUGCUUGUGGAGCUAUUGGCUUGUGUCGCUCGAAGCUGAUGUUUCAGGACCAGCCCCUGUCAAAUGAGAUACCACAGGUUGACCUCUCCCAGCCAAUGACACCGUUCCUGCUUAAUGUGCCUGGGCUCCUGUACCCACAAGAAAUUACCAAACCAGAAACUUCAGUCAAAAGUAGUGAUGUUCUUUGCCAGGACUGCAUCAAGUUAAUGACCGAUGCACAAGCGGCACAAAAGGCCAACUCCUCAUUUGUAGAUGAUCUAAUUGCGAAGUUUGAGGACAACUGUGAACAGAUGGGGCCUGGUCUGUCAGACUUAUGCAAGGAGUAUAUUGGCCAAUAUGGCAGCCUUGUUUUUCAGAAGAUCAUGUCCAUGGAUCCCAAAGAUUUUUGUUGCAGUGUUGGCUUCUGUAAUUCUGUUAAAAACUCCGCUCCCAUGUUGAAGUUGCAGGCUGCCAAAAUUGUACCGGCUGCCAAAACCUUGCCCGCUCUCAGUCUUGUUCCUGCCAUCAAAGUAGAAUCUGCAAAACUCGCCAAACCCAUGGUCCGUCUUCAGGAUUCCCCAACUUGUGCAAUCUGUGAGUUUGUGAUGAAGCAGUUAGAAAGCAUGUUGGAAGAUCAUGCAACUGAAGAGGAAGUGAUUGAAGCUGUGGAAAAAGUUUGUACAUAUUUGCCCUCUAGCUUGACUGCUCAGUGCAAGGACCUGAUCCAGACCUACGGGGAGGCAAUCAUUGAUCUGCUGGUGAAGCAGGCUGAUCCCAAGGCUGUUUGCACAAUGUUGGCAUUCUGCAAAGAGGCCACACAUGCAUAA